AUGAGGAGCGAGCCUGCGCCAUGGACGGCGUGCUGGAGGAGACCGAGAUCUUCAGCCAUUGAGAAGUCGCCCACUGAUCCCGUGGCUGAAGGCGACCGGGUGACGGUCUUGAAGACUCAAGCCAUGCCCAGCACCUAUGCGCAGGCACUCUGCUUGCUGGGUGGCCAGAAGUGCUUGCAAGGCUUUGCGGAGCUGAGCAGACACAUCCACAGCAAGUAUGCGCCGCCCAAGCAGAUCCAAGAGCUUCUGCAACGCCGUGGUUUGGAGUUGAAGGCACGGUCUACGACCAUGAAUUACCAGCCCUACUGCAGCUCGAUGGCUGAGGUCUAUGACUUCCACCGAGAGCGCAAGAGCGCCUUCGACGAGAGAGUGAGGCUCAUUGCGGAGCAGACGGAAGGAGAGGCGCUCGUCCCGGAGAUGAAAGGCCUUGCCAGAUGUGAAAGCAAAGCUGCCUUCAAGUAUGCAGAUGAGACAGGAGUCUCCUACUAUCGCCUGACUGACAUCGUUCGGGCGACGAUUUUGUACGACAGCCUGGCCUCCAUGUACAAGGGCUUGGAUGUGAUACAUGGAGACAAGGACAUCCAGAUCAUCGAGUUCAACGACCGCUACCUCAAUCACUUGGCUGGGGGCUACCGAGAUCUGCAGCUGUCGGUUCGCAUGCACGGGAUGGUGGCCGAACUGCAGCUGAACACUAGGGGUAUGGCCCAUGUCAAGGAGCAUUCGGGGCAUCGUUCCUUCGAGGUGAAGCGAGAAUUGGUUGCAAUGGUGCAGAAAGGCAAUGCGCAAAAGUGUUACGACAUUCUGGAUUGGGGCCGCAAGGAGUUGGGCGAUGCCGCCACUCACGAGCUAACGAAGAUCCUGAACGACCCCGAGAAGCCCAUGCUGCAUCAGGCGGCAAGCGGGGGCCACGCAGAGUUGGUGAGCGUGCUGCUCCGCUUUGCUGCGGACGUGAGCCUCAAGGACAACCGCGCUCGAACCGCGCUGCACGAAGCAGCUUCCGGUGGCCAUGAGCGCGUGGUGUGGUGCCUUUUGUGCAGCAAGGCAGACAUACAUGUUCAAGAUGAACUGCAUCAGACGCCCUUAGUUGAGGCGCUGCUGCGAUUGCACACGCGGCCCUCAAGCGAAAGUGCCGCGCGCCUGGUUUCUAUGAUGUCGCAGUGCAUGGAGGAUGGGGUGAGCCGAUUGGCAACCGCAACAGAGCAGCUGGAGGAGUUCAUUAAGAAGCGCCGCUAUGCCUCAGCAGAGCUGGUGAUGGCGGCGGCCGACGGGAACGUCCAGAAAGUGGAAGAGCUCUUGUGCAAUUUUGCCGAUCCGAACUCGAAGGACGCUACAGGAAUGCCGCCGCUGUUUGCUGUGCUAAUGCAUUGUGAACGCUUGCAGAAGCUGCCGGAGAGCCAGGCAACGGUGCUCAAGUUGUUGGUGGACCACAAGGCUCAGGUCAACUUCAGCUUUGAGAAGAGGAGCACUUUUGAUGUGACGCUGGCCAGCCAGAAUACCUGCUUGUUGCAGUUCAUGAUCUGCUCGGGCCUGCAGAGUGCUGGGCAGGACCUACAGACCCUGCUGCGCCAGUGGCAGGAUCGGAAGGCCAACUUCUGGGCAUCCGAGGAGAAGAAGGUCCAGCGCCUGUGCAGUGCAAUCGCGGUGAUCGACUGGGAUGCGCGCAAGCGUCAAGAACACUACAACCUCAGCAAAUCGGGCACGCCCAGCCCAUGUACACCAUCAAACAUUUUGCACCCCUCUGCCAUAGCGCAAGCCAUCUCCAAGAUCGAUUCCACCAGAUUCUUGCCUGUGCAGGAAGCAGCUUGCAAGAAGGCCCGCUACAUUGUGGAGUGGAGCCGGAAUUUCCAGUGGGACGCGGAACAUGUGAGCUUUGGGGAGCUUCUGGCCGAGCUCUUGUCUUUGAAGGCACAGCUGGGGGCAGAGCUGCCAGAGCUGAACGCCGACCGUUUGAAAGCUUGGGGCUUUGGGGCUUUGAUGCUGAUGAGGGAUGGCUCGCUGUGGUUCAGAAGCGACGCCUUCUUCAAGUAUGCCAUGCCGUCGAUUUUCAAGUGCUGUCACUUCUCGUGCGCCGAAGUCAAGCAGGGCCUGGAUCUUUGGACCGACUGCUGGUUGUCCUGGUCGCUAGAGGUGGGCUAUAGUCUGGAAGACCUGCUGCGUGCGAGGCCGCACUGGCCAGAGCUGAUAAAGCUCGGAAAGGACUUGCCCGAGCUCCUGACAGCAGCAGUAAAAGCCGACAGCUUCGACGAGGUGUUUUUGCGGAGCGAGUGGCUCAACAGUGAGCGCCUGGAGCUUAAGUUCCAGGGCAGGGACUGCGGCACAGGUUUGGCAACGCUGCUGGAGCUCCUGAGUCGGUGCACAGAGCUACGAGAGCUCGAGCUCGAUCUCUCAGGAACCAUAUUGCCGGCCGAGGGGUCAAGGGCCUUUGCCAAGCUGCAGCUGCCCCUGCUUCGAAGUCUCAAGCUGGAGCUGUCCAAUUGCCAACCGGAUGCGAGGGUUUUUCCAUCGGCAUUGGACCAAGCCAGCCUGCCUGAGCUGAGAUCGCUUGAGCUGAACCUGCGCUUGUGCGGUUUGAACGCCGACCUUUCCCUUUGCGGUUUGGAAGCAGUGGCGCAGGCAUUGUCCAAGUUGGUGAAGCUGAGCCACUUAUCGCUGAAUUGGACCGAAAACACUCUGGAUGGCCGGACGGCAAGGGCCCUCCGCGAAGCAAUGCUGAAGAUGCCCGACUUGGAAUCGGCCGAUGUGCGGCUGUACAGCGGCUGCUCGCGAAUGACCGCUCACAGCGAGUCCAUCGAUGCCUUGAAGGGCUUUUCCAGAAAGCUCAAGUCAUGGCAUUGCGAUUUAAUACGCGAUGCCUAG